AUGAAGGUGCUCGUCCUCUACGAGUUCUCGGCGCAGCCCAACAGCGGCGAGCUGUCGAUCAAGCCCAAUGAAACGUUGACAGUCACCCGCCAGGACGUCGGCGACGGCUGGUGGGAGGGCGUCAACAGCCGCGGCGAGAAGGGCCUCUUUCCGGCGGAGUACGUCUCAGCGGCCAACGAUGCACCGCAGCCUCCGCAGCCGCCACCGCCCCCUUCUUCAUCUUUAUCCUGGGAUGCUCAUCCAGCACCUCAGCAACAGCAAACCACAGCCACUAGUUCACCACCGAACGCCGCCGGACUGCUCUCUUUUGUUACCUCUUCAAAUGCUGCUGCCGCUGCUCCAGCCGUUCAGCAGCAGGCCGCCUUUGAUCAGCAAAACGACGGCGACUGGGGCGACGAUGACUGGGACGAUGACGACAGCCAGGCGUCGGAGUUCACCGUCGGCGGCGAGCUCUCCUCCUCGAUGACGCCCCACGGCCAGCUGGCGCCCAUUCACGUCGGCGGCUCGCAGGGAGUGAACAACGGCAACAAGGGCACCGGUGGACAAGGACAAGGACAAGGAGGUCCUCAGCCGGUGAAGAAGAGCAUCAACAGGUUCUCGCACUUCGUCAAGUCGGGCGGCGAGGACUACAUCCUCGGCCUGAAGACGGUGCAGGUGAACCAAAAUGACCUCAUUCACAUCAUCGACGAGGGGGGCGUCUUCAAGUGGUCGCCCUCCUACUUCACCUACGAGGUGGUGGUGGAGAACCCGAAGAAGGAGAGCAAGAUGAAGGGCCUGAAGAGCUACAUUGCCUACCAGCUGACGCCCAGUGACUCGCGCGAGCCGGUCAGCCGCCGCUACAAGCACUUUGACUGGCUGCACGAACGGCUCCAGGAGAAGUUCACCACCAUUCCGAUACCGUCGCUGCCGGACAAGCAAAUUAGCGGCCGCUACCAGGAGGACUUCAUCCAGGGGCGGCGGAUUCAGCUGCAGUCCUGGGUCAAUCGGAUCUGCCGCCACCCGGUGCUCAGUCAGUCGACGGUGUGGAAGCACUUCAUCACCUGCAAGGACGAGAAGCAGUGGAAGACGGGCAAGCGCCGGGCGGAGAAGGACGAGCUGGUCUCCGGCUUCUUCUUCCUCUCGGUGCAGGUGCCCGAGGGCGCCACCAUCAGCCCGGACACUGAGAACCGCCUGGAGACCUUCGCGCGCUUCAUCACCAAGAUGGACGACUCCACCAAGAACAUCUACGCGGUGUCGCAGGAGUUCGCCAAGCGCUACCAGUCCUUCUACAAGCGCGAGUUCGGCAAGGUAGCGGGCAUCUUCAACGGCCUCAGCGAGGCCUUCCUCAGCUCGCCGGUGCGCUCCCAGGCCAAUCAGUCGCUGGUGGCGGCCAUCAAGCGCACCAGCGCCCAGUACGAGGCCGUGGGGAAGCUGUUUGACGAGCAGCACUGGCACGACUUUGGCCCGCUGGCCAACCUGAUGCACGAGUACCGCGGCGUGCUGGACGCCUGGCCGGAGAUCAGCGCCGUCUACCGGGGGGCGAUUGCGAAGAAGAAGGAGCACCAGAAGGCCUUUGCGGAGGGGCGGCUGGAGGAGAAGGCGAUGGCGGGCAUCAACCACCGCGCCGACGUGGUCACCUACGCCACGCUGGCGGAGAUGAACCACUUCGAGGAGGAGCGAAUCAUCGACUACAACCGGGUGAUGCAUACAUUCCUCACCGGCCAACUGAACCUCUACAAGACCAUUGUGGCCAAUCUGGAGGACGCGCUGGCGGCCUUUCCUCCGGAGCAGUAG